AGGAGAUCCCCACUCCAGGAUCAAGCCGUUUAUGUAGGUUGUGAGGCCUGACAAGAAAGAAUCAGCCUCAUGCAAGGCCGCGCGCUAGGAUGUUUGGGGCCUGGCCCAAGUCCUCUUCGUCGCAGAGCUCCAAGCAGCAUUGUGCCUCUGCGAUGCCCUGCCCCACGGCCAAGCUUCUGCCCGUCAGCACGGCAAGCAAAGAAAAAGUCUGGCAAAGCUCCACGUGCUGAACAAGCCACCAGCACGGCAACCACGGAGCAGGAGCAGCAGCAGCACAACGCUGAGUCCAAUGGCAAUGGGAGUGCCCCAACAGAGGUCAAACUGACCGAGAACAUUUCGCAUGGCUUGAAAUCAGACCUCGAAGUCGAUUCCGUGCUAGCCAAGGAAAUGGGGGAGAAUGGCUUCAGGAGUACUAGGCGCACAAAAAUUGUGGCCACCAUCGGCCCAGCAACAUGCAGCGAAGAGAUGUUGGAAACUCUUGCAACGAGUGGGAUGAAUGUGGCACGCCUGAACAUGUGCCAUGGCACACAUGACUGGCACACAGCUGUCAUCAACCGCAUCAGGAAGCUCAACAAGCUGAAGGGGUUCUCGGUGGCCAUCAUGUUGGACACAGAGGGCAGCGAGGUUCACACAAGUGAACUUGAGCAGCCUCUGAAGGCUGAGGUUGGCGAGGAGUUUGUGCUGACCAUCCGCGACCCCAAAACAGUGGAGGGCAGCGCCAUUGGCGUCAGCUACGAUGCCUUUGUCGAUGAUGUCCAGGUGGGGGAUCUGGUGGUGGUAGAUGGUGGCAUGGUGUCGCUGGAGGUGAAGCAGAAGAUGGGCCCAGACGUGAAGGUGGAAGUGGUGGACCCGGGCAUAGUGCUGUCGCGCGCCAACCUCACCUUCCGCCGCAACGGCCACCUCGUGCGCGCGCGCAACUCCAUGCUCCCGGUCCUCUCCUCCAAGGAUUGGCUGGACAUUGACUUUGCAAUCAGGCAGAACGUGGACUUCAUCGCGGUGUCGUUCGUGAAGAGCGCGGACGUGAUCAAGAACCUUAAGAGCUACCUCAACUCGCGCGCUGACAAGGUCAUCGAGGUCAUCGCCAAGGUGGAAUCCCAUGACAGCGUGCCCAACAUCGAGGAAAUUGUGGAAGCCUCAGACGCUGUCAUGGUGGCCCGCGGCGAUCUUGGUGCCCAGAUUCCCUUGGAGGAUGUGCCCUCCGUGCAGAAGGAGGUGGUGGUGCGCUGCCGGCAGGCGGGCAAGGCCGUCAUCGUGGCCUCGCACCUGCUGCAGUCCAUGAUCGAGUACCCCACACCCACCCGCGCUGAGGUGGCGGACAUUGCGGAUGUGGUGCGGCAGAGGGCAGACGCGCUGAUGCUGUCGGGCGAGUCGGCCGCGGGCGCAUACCCCGAGAAGGCCAUCGGCGUGCUGCGCGCCGUGGCGACCAGGAUCGAAGAAUGGUGCAGGCAGGAGAAGCACGGGCAGAUUGUGCUGCCGCAGCUGACUGACCGGCUGGACGGGCGCGUGAGCGAGGAGCUGUGCGCGAGCGCGGCACAGAUGGCCAACAACCUCAACGCGCGCGCCAUCUUUGUCUACACCCGCCGCGGCUACAUGGCCAACUUCCUGUCGCGGUGCAGGCCCGAUUGCCCCAUCUUCGCCUUCACAGACAAGCAGGAUGUGCGGCAGCGGCUGAACUUGAGGUGGGGAGUGAUGCCCUUCCGCCUGGACUUUGGCGCAGACCCAGAGGAGAACGUCGACCGCACAUUUGCGCUGCUGAAACGGCGCGACCUGGUGCAGAAGGGAGACCUGGUGGUCGUGGUGUCAGAUAUCAGGCCGCCCAAUGAGGACGUUGUGCGAUCCGUGCAGAUCCGCCAUGUGCCUUGAGCAGCCGGGUGUGACCAUAAUUCUUCAUUUUUAUUCAGAUGCGCAAGAGCAGCUUGCAAGGAAUUGGGCAGGCAAUGAAUGAGUGGGCAGUGCCUGACGGUGCACAAGUCUGCUGUUGUUUACAAGUGGGCGUGUUAUGAGUGGAGUGCAUUUGAGAGGAGUUGACAUGUGUUUGUCGAAGGCAUGAUGCCGGGUCUCGAAAGAGGGAUUCAAGUCAAGAAGGAUUCUGGAAUUGGAAAAAACAAUAAACACGUUUAGAUCUGUAGUGGCAAGAACUACUUGCAGGGUUUGGUUAGCAACUUGCUGGGUAUCUUAGAGAUCACAGUUCUCCGAAACCUUGUGGUGGGCAACGGUAAAUUUGUUGAAGAGCCAUGUAGCUGCUACUUUCUGACUUAGCCUGCGGAAUAGGAUUCAGGUUGUUGCGACCAGUGUAGGUCAUGUAAAAUAUAUUAGUCCGGGAACAUCAGCUGUCAAUCAUGCAGGCGUAUUGCUUUUGAUAUAACGCUUCAAUACAAGGCUAAUGUUGAAUAUGCCCCAUCGCUCAGUGUUGCUUCCUAAAGCUGCCAUGACUGUGUCAAAGUCCUCGCCCUCGCAAUCAAACAUGACCUUAUCCCAAUUGUCAUAUGGCCGCUGUCCAUACCCUUCCUUUUCAUACUGCCCUCCCUUCCCUGCUUUCAAUACCGUGGCACUGCACUUGGUGAGGAUGUCUCCAACCUGCACCUGCCCUGACUGGUCUGCAUUGCCUCCUUCCACAAUCUCCUCCACAACUACUGCCUUCUUGGCCUUGUCCUCCAGCAGGACAAGGCCCAUUGGUUUUCUCAGGGUGACCUCAAUAAGGCGGUAGCUGGCGCGGUCCUCGCUUGGAUCUGCAGCUGCUCUGCACGCAACUCUUGAGUGAGAUCUGGAAAGCCAUUUUUGCAGCGAUGGGAAUGCGGCAUGUCGUUCAGGCAGAACCUUCUUAUAUGGAACGCUUCUGGAACAGUGUUUGCAGCUUCCAUGCAUCUGCAAUCUGCUGCCUAAAAGCUUCUGGAAGUGAUCGCCUGGAACAUAUGGGGAGGAGCUGAGAGCCAAAUGCAUAUUCAUCGAGGAUCGAUGAUCUGACCUGUGGACAU